AAACACCGAUACCUCGAUACAGCCAUCGAUAGCUCCCAGCACUAUGCUGGCAUCCAGCAAUAAAAAACAACAUUUAUUAAAUCAAAAUUUAAACAGUGACUUUAAAAUUUAAAAAUAUGUUUUCUUACAAAAUGCCUUGUGGAGUUUUACACACCGAUACCCAGAUGACAGACACGGAAGUCUCUUUUACGCCGAGAUUGUGGGAACAGCGUUAUUGCGCUGUUAUACAAAUAUUGGAAGACCCUCGUUGGGCGCCCAAAAUUAAAAGUGUCAUUGACUUCGGAUGUAGCGAAAUGAAGCUAUUCCAAUUGAUGAGACGCAUUGAGACCAUCGAGAAAAUUCUUGAGGUGGAUAUUGAUGAAGACGUGCUAAAAAAAAAUGUACUUUUUAUCAAACCUUUAGUUGCUGACUAUGUAAGACGGCGAAAAAGACCGUUGCAUGUAGACGUUCUGCAAGGUAGCGUAGCUGAAUCCUCUCAAGAAUUACAGAGCAUAGAUGCUGUUGUCGCACUGGAACUAAUUGAACAUGUCUAUGACGAUGUCCUGAGCAAAAUUCCAACGAAUAUUUUUGGGUUCAUGCAGCCCAAGCUCGUGAUAAUCAGCACACCCAAUUCUGAUUAUAAUGUGAUAUUCACACGUUUUAAGCCUCUAUUAUCUAAUGGAUUUCGCCAUCAUGAUCACAAAUUCGAAUGGACUCGUGAACAGUUCAAGUCGUGGUGUUUGGAAAUCGUUGACAAAUACCCAAACUAUAUGUUUUCUCUAUUGGGACUUGGUGACCCACCCGAGGGUUAUACAACAGUGGGACAUGCGACACAGAUGGUCAUAUUUGUACGCAAAGAUCUACUCGACAUGCCGCUGCUGACACCACUGAUUGAUCAAUCUGCUCUGGCGGAAAUCAAGUCGUAUAAGCUUUUACAUUCUAUAGAUUUUCCAUACUUUGUGGACACACGUACCAAAGAGGAGAUCAUUUGGGCUGAAGUCCUAUUUGAGCUAAAUCGCUGGAAGAUUAAUGAGGACACCUAUGACGUAACAUUGCAGGCCUACAAGAUGCCCAUAUCUUACCUUUUAUGUCGCACUGAACUUCUUGGAGCCACUCGCGAUAUUCUAGACGAAUUGCUCAAAGAAAAUAAGAAAUGCGUUGAGAAUGACUUUAUACUCAUCGAAGAGUCCGAUGAUGACAGAUCGAUAGAUGAAAAUGAUUGGGAUAAUCCAAUCAAAUGUGAACCGAAUGCAGAUCAUUUGUCAGAUCAUAAUGAAUGUGAAUCUUGGGAUUAAAUAAAACUAAUGUUUUCCAUGAUAUGAA